CUUGUCGCGUGCGACAAACGGCGUUGCUCGUCAAUCAGUCAUUAUUAGUAGAUAUUUAUUUAUUAGUAAUUUAAUUUAAAUCAAUUUCUAUGGUAUUUUAAUGGUCACCAUGUUGGGUAUAUUGAAGUUAGGUUUUGUUUUAACAAUCGCGACAAUAUGUGAAUCUGCCAAUAUUUUAUACGCGAUCCCUUAUUCAGUGAAAUCUCAUUAUAUAAUGCAAAGACCAGUGGGGUUAGAAUUGGCUCGUCGAGGACAUAACGUGACUGUUAUAACAGCUCACAGGGAAAUUGAUCAUCCCCCAAAUUAUCACCAAGUAAUGGUCUUUAACAAGACUAUAUGGGACGUGCUUGGUCGAGACAGGCCAAAUCUCUUUACAUUGGCGGAGUACUCAGCAGAAGAUUUUCACAGAGAGAUUCUUUGGAAAGGUGGAUUAGCUCUGACCGAGGGGUCAUUGCAAUCCCCCGAAGUUCAAUCGUUGUUAGCAGAAAACCGAACGUUCGAUUUAGUGAUAAGCGAACUGUUUUUCCAAGAAGCCACAUACGCUUUGGCCCAUAAGUAUAACGCUCCUUUAGUUUUAAUUUCAACCAUGGUGAAUUGUAUGAAACAUAGCUUGCUAACCGGCAAUCCCUUAGAACUGGCCACAACAAGCUUUGAAUUUCUGGACACGAAUAAUCCUACCAGUUUUUGGGGAAGAUUGAGGAACUUGUACCUGAAUGUGUAUGACUAUUUCUGGUGGCGAUACUGGUUUUUGGAGAAACAAGAGGAGUUAGUGAGGAAGUACAUUCCUAACCUACCGCAACCCGUUCCCAGUUUGUACGAUAUGGAAAAAAACGCUUCGUUAUUGUUUUUGAACAGCCACUUCUCCUUCCAAUCUCCAGUGGCAUUCCUACCUAAUAUUGUUGAAAUUGGUGGAAUACAUCUCAAGGAAAGUGAUUCAAAGUUACCAGAUGACCUUCAAAAAAUUCUAGACAGAGCAACAGAAGGAGUGGUUUAUGUUAAUUUCGGAUCGAAUGUACGAAGCUCAGAAUUGCCAAUCGAAAAAAAGAAUGCUUUAAUCAACGUUUUCAAGCGAUUGAACCAAACGGUUCUUUGGAAAUGGGAAGCUGAGAGUCUAGACGAGAAGCCCGAUAAUGUUAUAGUAAGGAAAUGGAUGCCCCAAAAGGAAAUAUUAUCUCAUCCCAACAUAAAAGUAUUCCUUUCGCACGGAGGUCUCAUUGGGACAUUGGAAGCAGUAUUCCAUGGAGUACCGAUUAUAGGAAUCCCAAUUUACGGAGAUCAGUACAAGAAUUUGAUCAAAGCAGAAGAAGCCGGCACGGGAACUACACUGCUAUUCCACGAUAUCAACGAAGAAAACCUUGAAAGACUACUACACAAAUUCCUAAAAGAUGACUCUUAUUUGAAAAGGGCUAAAGAACUUUCUAGAAGAUUCAAAGACAGGCCAAUGUCACCUUUAGAUACAGCUAUGUUUUGGAUUGAAUACGUCAUCAGAAACAAGGGAGCUCAUCAUAUAAAAAGUCCAGCCUUGAAUAUGAGUUGGAUUACUUAUAACAUGUUAGAUGUUUACGCUUUUGUUAUUAUCGUCUUUUGUUUGUUGAGUUCCGUUAUCUAUAAAACAGCUAAAUUGGUCAGCCAAUACAAAUGCUUCGUGAGAAUUGGUUUCGGUUAUCGGAAACCCAAGUAUCUGUAACGAUGAUAAUAUGACAAAAUAGUAAAAUUAUUUUGUCUAAUUAAUACUUGCGGUAGUAUCCAACUAGUCAAACAUACACAUACUAAGAAAUUUUCUACGAGAACUGCAACAUAUGACGCCAUAAAGAUUUUCAACAAAUAGUUAAUAAUAUAAUUUGAAUCUCAUUUUAUGCAAAAUUUUAUAUAAUUAAUCAACAAUAAUGACGUACUCAAAUGAAAUAACUCAGAAAAACUUCUACUUCUACUACUUCAAGUCACAGCGGUACAAUGGGACGAGUCUCAUGCCCGUUUUCACCAACAAUCCCUAAAAUUUAAGUGACUCGGUAUAAGGGACACAUUUCGUGACCACUUUUUUGUCGACCAGUCGGUUGCGCAACGUCGCUGCGACGCGCACGCUGUUCAUAAAUAUGUGUAGGUUAUUGUGAACAAAUUUAGUACCCGUGUAUGUCUUACGACUUACUAUUCAAAAAUAUUUAUUUUUGAACAAAGGAAACUACCCAAUUAAUCACGUCGCAGUGUUAAUUAGGACUAUUUGGUUACCGAAAUACUUGUUUGACAUUGUUUUAAACCCUGAUUUGAAAUCAGGGUUGGUACUUGGUAUACAUUUUACACAUGUAUCUGUAUUUUUAUUGGUUGUGAAUGCCUUCACUUGAUUGGUUGGUC